AUGCGGAGUAAGACCAAUUUGAUCAUAAUGUUAUUAUUCGUCGGAUUCCAGCGUUUUAUCUCACUAUUUUCUGUUGCCUUGUGCUUUUCCAACAAACACUUCUCGAAAAAAAUGUCGAUCAAGAUCAAUAUGACCAAGAUUCGUCUAAUGGUAUGGUGGAUAAAUUUGAAUUAUUUUUGAUUCUAUCAACUGAAGUCUAAAAAUAAAAAAAGAAAAGUUCGGAAUUUAGAAUCCCUUUCAGACCUUUUUCUAUUAUAAUUUUCAAUCAAAAGCAAUGGAAAACCUGAAAAUGGCUGCGACAAUCGUUUGAGGAAUUUGCCCUCUACUCGAAAAACCUUUUCCGUUGGAUUUUUCGAAUUCAUCAAAUGAUAUUUCUAAGUAAUUCUCUUGGGCGAGCUCUGAAAAAUUAUGCUGAUUUAUGUAGAAAAAGAUUUUCUUCUCUAUAGAAGUUGUUUUUUUUUGAACUCGUGGUUAGUUCGUUCUACACAGUAACAAGUUUUAAAAUAAGGAGAAAAAAAAAAACCGGUUUUCUUUUUGUUGAUAAUUGAGUUAAAUGAAUGAAGUGAAGAAGAAUUCUUAUCGGAAAUUUUGCCGUCUAACUUACAGCAUUUUGCGAUAUUCUUCUUUCAAAUCUCUACCGAAACUUUUCACUAAUUUUUCAGACGCUACAGAGAAGAGUGAUAAGAGUGAAGGUAAUUUGGUUAAAGCCAAAAAACCGCAGCCUACAAUUAUCACUACAUUGCGUUUUUCUCGAAAAACCACAACUUUUGCAGGUCGAGGUCCGUAUGUAGACUCAGUUUCAUGGCUAGGGACCGCAGAGCCACGCCCACUUACCCUCGCGCCCUUUUUUGUUGCAAAUAGCGUCUUUUGUUUCGCAUUUUGGGCUCUAAAAAAACGAAAAAAAAGUAAAUUAUUGUGCAGUUAUAUGUAAUCGACAUGGCUUAACAUACUUCAGAAAUGCGCAAAAUGAAUUGAAAGAAAGCGUGUGAACCCAGAGAUGCAGGUGAACCCAGAGAUUGGGCCUCCAGUUGAUUGAGCCUACAGUUGAACGCCGCGCGCGCAACUUUUUUGGCAUAAUUCUUUUCUUUUCGAACCUUUUCUUGAAAACUAAGAGGAUUAUGAAUAUUGACAGUCUCCUCCAUCAAAUAGUAUCAAUAAUUUUUUCAAUAGUUUUGAAAAUUUUGCCUGCGGUCCCUAUUCACGGCCCAUUACAAAUCCGUCUUCAGCUCGUCAAAAAUUCAUUAUUUUUCCUCCAGCCGAAACGUCUACUCCGAAGGUCACUAUGUCAAAAAAGCCGACCACGACACCCUCGUCAACUACAACAACAAAGAGGACCACGACGACACCGACCACUACCACGACUACAACCACCACCACCACCACCACGACUACAACCACCACCACCACCACCACGACACCGACCACGACCACGACGACUCCGACCACGACGACUCCGACCACGACGACUCCGACCACGACGAUAACCACGACCACCACUUCGCCGUCCACGACCAUGAAGACGACGACACUGCUCACCACUACGCCGGCUACGACAGAACUGAUCUUGCCAAUAGCCACGCUCACAUCUCCCAAAUUUUCGAAUACCACUAAAAAUCAGCGCACUACUCCAGCAGCUCCCAUUCGUCCGAGCUCAUCGGCUCCUGUAAUAAAAACGACAGUGACGUCCUCGACAGUAGAUGGGUCGUCAGGAGCAGCUGACGUCGUUACUUGCAUGGUUUAACUUAAUUUAUUCAAUUUUCAAAAAGAAAAUAAGCGCCAUUGUGCGUGUAAAACCUUCCUAUGGCUCAUGAUUUUAUUUUAAAUCCAUAUAGAAAGUUUCAAAAAAAGGUUGAAAUAUGAACGUCAGUAUGGAGUUCUAUUAUCACAUUUUCAAACUUAAACCGCUAAAAGGAAGUUUCGAAAAAUCAGCAAACAUCACGACGACAUGAUUUUUUGACCAAAUUUCUAUAUUUUUACCGAACCGGACAGCUUUCAAUGCAAGAAAUUUUUUGUAAAAAAUGAAAAAAAAAAUCUGAUUGAACAGCAGAAAUUAAUGCAUUGAAAAAAAAAAUGUUAUAACACGAAAUUUGAUGGAUUUUUUCCCUACCUAGGAAGUUCUAAUCAUGGAGGAAAGUUGAUUAUGGAAUUGUUUGACGAAAAAUAAUUUUUUUUUGGCAGAGCAAAAACCCCAAACCAAACUGUCCGCAGUUGUGUGACGCUAUUCUCAAGUACCGGACAGAGAUGGAAAAUCAUCCGUGAGAAAAUUCGGCAAUAUUUAAACUCACCUCGCGUUUUUAGCCAGAAGAAGGGAAUCUACAUUUAUUUUUUGGGUUUGAUCCCGAUUAUUCUACUUCUGCUGGUUUUGGGCUUGCUUUUCAGAGGGUAUCUAAUGCGCAAAAAUUGUGAGCUUCAUUCUCGUUUUUCCCUAUUUUAACAGCCUAGCCUCCUAGAGUUUUUAUCAUUUUAUAACAUUUUUUCAUACUACAGACGUUGAAAAUUCACCAAAGAACAAUAUGCGACAAUCUGGGUCUCAAAAUGGCUCAGAAAUAACGUCCAACAUAGAAGCAAAAGACGAAUCCAAGUUGGAAAACUCUAAAAUUACAAUGGCGAUGGCAAGCUCCGGUACGUCGAGUUUCCGCAAGCAUCACAGGAACUUCAUUAUCGAUCGUAAGGUAAAUCCGCAACUAGCCUUUUACCUGAAUGGCACCAACCUUAUUACAGUAUUAGACAAAUGUUAUAGUCUGUGUACCACGACUUGGAAUUUCACCAAACGACAUUCCGCUGUUCCGCUGCGUGCCUUUGCGCGCCUUUAACUUUUUUAUAUUAUUAAAAAACUCGACCAACACGUGUUCCUAUUGGAACAGUCCAUCUAUCAGAAAUGAGAACCAGUUCAAAGCGAGACCGAGGCUCGCAAAGACGCUUCGCGAAGCAGCGGAACAGCGGAAUGUCGUUCGGUGAAAAAAGUCUUGGUACACAGACUAUAUCAAACUUUCCUCUCUUUCAGACAUGCCUAGGUCAAAUUCAACACAUUUCCAAUAUUUUGUAUUGAUCUCUUUAAUUUUGACACUAUACGUUCCUAAUCAAAAACGGUAUUCGAUUGAGUUUUUAGGUUUUUUUUCUCCUGGAAUAGGAAUAGCAAACUUCGUCCUCUAACAAAAAAAAGUUCAUUCUGAAUUGAAUUUUCGAGUUUUUCAAAAUUUGCUCAAGCACUUUCUGAAGGUCUAAUAUAUUUUUCAUAGUCGCUACUGUUGUAAGAUUCUAUUUCUGGAGGUAUCAGAUUUGGAGGAAUUGUUAUCGGUUUCAGGUAUGAAUCUGUGUUGAACGCUAUACUAGAAAGUCUAUAGUAACUGUGUGAAGUGUUUGUCUAGACCUUUAAAAAGGUAUAAAGUUUUCGUGCAAACUUUCGUGCAAAAUUUUUCCAAAUAUUGAAAUAAGAUUACCCAAAAAUUAGCUUUCUGAACUUUGCUGGUUUCAAGUGGCAAAACAUGUUCAAUGAACGCAAAUCCCUUAUUUCAAAAAUGUUUUCAGUUCGACUUUUUCCUGUGAAAAGUAGGAAGUUCAGGUAUCAGAAAAUUUCAGUCUCCAAACAACCUCAGAAACCACCAAUCAAAAUAUAUUUGAAGAAAAAAAUAUAUUCUAAAAAUUUUUUUCUUGUUAAGUUACAAGAAACGGCGGACGCAGACGUCUCUAAUUUUCCUAAUAAGGGAGCCAUCAAAAUCCCACUGGAGGUCCACGACUUUCAAGUAAGCGAUUGAUUGACCUUCUAUGGAUCACGAAAAAAUUUCAGCUCGGGGAAACGUCGCAGAAAGAAGAACCUGUGACUCUUACGAAAGUGUGGUACGAUCCAAAAGGCAACGAGGAGUUUGAAAUCGGUUCGAAUGUCGACGAGCUAGAGGUGACCUGAGGUCAGGAGCUGUGUAGAUCGUGUUGAUUCCAGAUGGCUCCGAGCACGAUUCACGACCCGGACAAGAGCAAGACUCUCAUGCUCAACAAGCAAGUUCCAGCCAAGACUUCUAAGGACAACGUCGCUCCAGUAUGGUUAGAGAACUCAUCGGGGAUUAAUCCAUAUUGCCCCCACCCCACACUGCCAACCGUUCAACAUAUUUGA